UGUACAUGCUCGCUCUUCCUCUUGGAGUCUUGGGACCGCCCCCUCCCCUCUUCCGAGGUCCGAGCCUGAUCCCUCCUUCCUUCCGUCAGCGCACAUCUCUAGGGUUUUAGCGCCCCAUUUCCGCAACGCCAUUCCCGAUCGGAUCGCCCCCUUCCCACCCGCCGCCGACCAGAUCCCGGCGCGAGUGCUACCCAACCCUCCGGCGCCGCCACCCUUAGUCUCAGAGGGUCGGUCUCCACCGAAAGCUUCGCACAAAUCCCCUCCGUUUGUCGGUGCCAUUUGUUGCAAAGAUUGUGUUUUCCUCCUCAUCCGUGCCUCGCGUUCCAUUUCUGCCGUCCCCGAAAAUGCCACCGCUUUGUUGAGAUCUCUCGUUUCUCGAUCUGAUCUCGCCUCGGUAUGGCGUGAGAGUUCCUAGGGGAGGGCAAAAUCGUCGGAGUUGAGAUUCUUGCGUCCAUUUGCUAGUCUCAAUACCGAGCAUCCGAUCUCGAACAGUGAGACAAAGUAGCGACCUUUGUGCCGUUCCUUGUAACUGAGCUUGCCCCCGCCUGCGUAUCGGUGGGUGACGGCGAGCUCUACGGCGCUGCCCAUUCCUAUGAAUGGACGGGAGGGAGUCCACGGUGGCGUCGGGGCCCAACUUCUCAUCGUUCUACACGCAGCACCGGGGCAUCGGGGCGCCGGGUGUCCCCGGCCACUCGGCGGUGCUCCAUGACCCGCCGCCCGCCGGGUACCGGCAGCAUCUUGAUGCUGUCUCUGCUGGGUACGCAUUCCAGACCCCGCAGGUUGGGGGUUCCCACAUUGGACAGGGGUACCACCAUGUCGAGGCCUCACCCCAUGUGGCGCAAUACAGCUCCGGUGGCGGCACCAGCUCCGGCGGUGAUAUGGACAUUGGCAUGGGUUCGGCUGUGUGCACCAAUGUUAAGGGGGAGCUGGGGAGCGGGCCUGCCCAAGAUGAGCAGGUGAAGAAGAAGCGGGGUAGGCCAAGGAAGUAUAAGCCUGAUGGGGCGGUGACUCUCGGGUUAUCACCCUCUUCAUCAUUAACACCUCACUCGGCCAGCUUGGGGAUGGGAACCAUGAUUAGUGCUCCAGGUUCUGGAUUUGGGUCGGAGGGAUCAGGGGCUUCAGGCUUGGGUGCGCCAUCAGAGAAGCGUGGCAGGGGGCGGCCACCUGGCUCUGGAAAGAUGCAACAGUUGGCUUCGCUUGGAAAGUGGUUUCUUGGCUCUGUUGGAACUGGUUUUACUCCUCAUGUGAUUAUUAUUCAGCCAGGAGAGGACGUUGCUGCCAGAAUAAUGGCCUUCUCACAACAAGGCCCAAGGGCAGUGUGCAUCAUUUCAGCAACUGGAGCUGUUUCUGCAGCAACCCUUCACCAGGAUUCAGAAUCUGGCAGUGUGGUUACAUAUGAGGGUCGGUUUGAGAUCCUGUGCCUUUCUGGGUCAUACUUGGUGGUAGAUGAAGGUGGCGGCGCACGGACCCGAAGUGGAGGGCUUUGCAUAGCUUUGUGUGGUCCUGACAACAGGGUUAUUGGUGGGAGUGUAGGUGGAGUCCUGAUGGCAGCUGGAGCGGUUCAGGUGAUAGUGGGGAGCUUCAUGUACGGAGGAGGUUCAAAGAAGAACAAGGUGAAAGCCGAGUUGGACGCGGAGCCUGAGGAGGCGAACGCCGGCGACCAAGAGGUGGCACUUGCGGAGCACAGCAGCAUGGCCCCUCAUCCUGCCAUGAGUGGUGGUGGCGGGUGGGCAUCUGGCAUGAUGAGGCAGAUGGAGUCGAGAACUCCCAACAUCGAUAUCAACUCCAUCCGCGAGUAGUUUGCCUGUUUGGUUGGGUGGAUGAGGAAGGCUCCUCCUCCUUGGAUGCACACAGCACAGCGGCAUGCAUAUGUUUGGUUGUAGGCGUUGCUAUGUUUUAGGACUCCAGAGUAUAUUGUGAUGUGAUGUUGUACUUGGAUGUUGUUGUAUAAGAUCAUGGGAACGCUUGGUCGUGUUAUUAUGUUAAUAAAAAUAUAUAAUGGAUGGU